CCCUGGGUUCCCCAUUGGCGGAUUCAAUAGUCGCGGGCUACUUGAACGGUGGGAGCGGAGCGGGCUGGAGGAGCUACCCGCAGCGCGAGUCCCAUUUCUCCCGGGCACCCCAGCGGCGCGGCGCCUCUAUCCCCAGGGAGCGGCCGCAGAGCCGGGUGCCCGCCGAGCUCCGACCCCCCAGUACACGCGGCUGCCGAGCCGCGCAGGAGCCCCCCGGCGCUGGGAUGAUGCUGGCGGGCGCCGCUGACCUGGAGCAGGAGAACCAGGAGAAUGUGCCCCCCGGCGGCAAAGCGCGGCCGCCCGCCGCCGCCUCCGGGGCCCGCCCGGUGCUGGCGUUGCUGCGGGGCAACCAGCGCCGCCCGACCCAGCAGCAGGCUGCUCUUGCUCACGCACCCUGGAGUAUUAAUGAUGAAAACUAUUGCAAAGUUCCAGCUGGGAAAGGGGGUAACAAACAGCCUGCUUUUGCCAUCCAUAUGGAUGAGCCUGAUGGGGAGAGACGGAAGAGACAAGUGGUUCCUAAAAAGGCUGUGUCCCAUGAAGAGGUCCUAGGCUUAAAUACUGCUGUAACGUCAUUAGGAGACAGAAAACCCUUGGCACCCCUAGACAAUCCAAUGGAUCUUAGUUUUGAUUCUCCAAGUAUUAUGGAUAUAUCAGUAACUCAAGAAGUGGAAGAAAAAGUAAAUGUUAACCAAGUGCCAGACUACAUUGAAGACAUCUAUACAUACCUUAGGGAAAUAGAGGUGAAAUGCAAGCCUAAAGUGGGUUACAUGAAGAAGCAGCCUGAUAUAACAAACAAUAUGCGAGCUAUUCUUGUGGACUGGCUGGUGGAAGUUGGAGAAGAAUAUAAAUUACAGAAUGAAACUCUGCACUUAGCUGUAAACUACAUUGAUAGAUUUCUUUCCUCAAUGUCUGUGCUGAGAGGGAAGCUUCAGCUUGUGGGGACUGCAGCUAUGUUGCUAGCAUCGAAGUUUGAAGAAAUCUACCCUCCUGAAGUAGCAGAGUUUGUUUACAUCACAGAUGAUACUUACACCAAGAAACAAGUCCUAAGGAUGGAGCACUUAGUGUUGAAAGUCUUGUCAUUUGACUUGGCAGCUCCAACAAUAAACCAGUUCCUCACUCAGUACUUCCUAUACCAGCAGACUAAUGUUAAAGUGGAACAUUUAUCAAUGUAUCUGGGGGAGCUGAGUUUAAUUGAUGCUGACCCAUACUUGAAAUACUUGCCAUCACUUAUUGCUGCUGCAGCAUUUCAUCUAGCAAGCUAUACUAUCACUGGACAAACCUUGCCUGAAUCUCUGUCCAAAAUGACAGGAUAUACCCUUGAAAGCCUUAAGCCUUGUCUCACGGACCUCCAUAAGACCUACCUCAGAGCAGCACAACACACACAACAGUCUAUAAGAGAGAAAUAUAAGAGUACAAAGUACCAUGGAGUAUCACUCAUUGAUCCACCAGAGACACUAAAUUUAUCCUAACAAUCAAGAGACUCUUAAUGUGUAUUAUACUUGCAAGCAAAUGAUGUACAGUUUUAACUGGUCAAUAUUUUAGAUGUCUUACAAUCAUUUCAGAAUAAUACCACCUGUGGUGUAACUUGAAAUUAUGAAGUUUGUUAGUUUUUAUAUGGUUUUAAUGUAAAUCUUUUUGUACAUGCAAUCUUGUUCUAAAUAUUUAGCUGGAGCUCUUUUAUAAAGCUGUUCUGUUCAAAUAUUGAAUUAACCAUCAAGGUGAACUGUUAAUGUUUUGUUCCAAAACUACUAGAAUGUCCAAUUAAGGAGCAGUACAUUAAAAUGGGGAUUUUUUUAACUUUUGGAGUGACUGAAAGGCAAAGUGGUAAAUCCAGUUAUGCUGAACAAAUUACAGACUUGACAACUAUUUGUGGCAAUAUAAGAUGCUAUUAAGGUUUAGUUUCACUUGAGUUUAGAUCAAAUCUUUGGCUUUAACUGUCAUACUGCUAGAACUGAUUUGAUCUAACUCUAAUAUAAAAAAAGUAACCACUUUGAAGAAAUCAAAUUGACUUCAGUACCUUGCAGGAAUUAAAUGUGGACUUGCUUCAAAAGCAGGCUUUCCAAUUUAGUGCUCAAACUAUCAUUAAGUAGUAGUCUCUAAAGCAGCCAUCUGAUAGCUAGAACUACAACUGCUGAAGUGUCCUUGUGUGAACAGAAAUGGCCACUUCUAGCUAUUUUCUAGUCUAAGUGUACAACUGAUACUAGUAAGUUCAUGUAGCAUUUUUACUAAAACUUUGGUUUCUCUAAAAGCUUCCUUGUAGUAAGAGGUUUAACUACAGCUUUACCUCCCCACUGCCACCACCCUGCUAGGAAAGCAAACUACAGCAGGGAAAGUGGCCACUGGUACUACACCCUCCCCUGAGGGAGAAUAAUAAAGCUGACUACUACAGCCUGAAGGCAUGCCAUGGAUGGGUUAUAGCUAGAGUGAGACUGAAUUCAGAACAGCCCAUUUGGACAGGCUUUUAUGCAGCAUGUAGUGGAAAUCUUAUGUCAAUGUCAAGUUUUAAUGGGUCUUCUGCUUAAGUUGUAGCACUCUGCUAAUGUGGUAGUUGAAAAUUUUUUUACUGUUAAAUCAAACUGACCUUUUUCCUCCUGUAAACUUGUAUUACCAUUGCUCAAGAUUUAGUGUGCUUAAAGUGUAAAGCAGGAACAGGGUUUAAAAGGAAAUCAUCUGCAAGUUUGUCAAAUAAACCCUCUACUGAAGCUGA